GCUUGCUUGCUGCAGCCAUGUCUUCGCUCCUCCACGGCUACUCAUCUGACGAAGACGAUGGCCAGGUUACAACUCAGGACGCCUUUGGGCUGUCAUCCCUGCCAACGGCGAAGAAGCCCAGGCUGGAGGAGCGCGAAACAAGCGACUCACGCACUGCAGUUUCGAUUGUGCCGCAGGCUGCCCCCGAUGUCCUAGCAGAGGACCCAAUUAAACAGACUUCGUUGAUUACACGACCAACCGACACACAAAUGAACGUGAACAUCCCCUACAAUGACAUGACACUCCCCAUCCAAGGCCCCGAGAACCCGUUCGGCGACCGCAACCGCUUCCUCACCCAAAACGCACUAGCGGGGCACGUAGAAGAGCAAGCCAUGACCGAACACGCCUUCCGGCAACAACACCUCACCCAUGCCAUCCUCGGCUACUCUGCGAACCCAUCCAUAGACCCAAACGCGCCGGCGAUCCUCGGCUCGCUAGAGCAGGCGCAAGUCAACAACUUCGCUACACUUGGCUCGUUAAAAGCGCCCAAGAAGGACAAGAAGGAGUUGAAGCGGAAGCGGAAACCAAAAGGCGACUUGGAGGUCAUUGAUGGGGACGGCGCGUAUGAGGGGCCAUGGGCGCGCUGGCAGGGCGACGAGCCGCAGGGGCUGCCGUUCGGCGACGAGGCCGCGGAGGAGGGAGAGGUGGAGGAGGAGGAGGAAUCAGAGGAGGAAGUGGUACAGCUGAAGAAGGCAAAGCCAAAACGCGGCGCGCCGGGCCUGGAGUCGUCUGUGUUCCACGGCAAGUCGAUGUACGACUACCAAGGUCGGACGUACAUGCACCCGCCCAUCGCGGAGGCGCCACAGCUGCAAUCCGAUGCGGGCGCGCAGGAGACGUUCAUCCCGAAGACGUGCAUUCACACCUGGACCGGUCACACGCAGGGCGUGUCGGUCGUACGGCUGUUCCCCGAAACGGGGCACUUGCUCCUCAGCGGGUCGAUGGACACCAAGAUCAAGUUGUGGGAUGUGUACACCCACGGCAAUUGUCUCCGCACCUUCCAUGGUCACAUGAAGGCCGUGAAGGAUGUUACGUUCUCGAACGAUGGCCGCAAAUUCCUGUCCUGUGGAUAUGAUAGGCAGAUGAAGCUCUGGGAUACGGAGACAGGGCAGUGCCUGAAGCGCUUCAGCAACGGCAAGAUUCCUUACGUCGUUCGGUUCCAUCCGGACGAAGACAAGCAGCACAUAUUCCUGGCGGGUAUGUCGGACAAGAAGAUUAUUCAGUAUGACAUGAAUUCCGGCGAAAUCACGCAGGAAUACGACCAGCACCUCGGACCCGUCAACACGAUUACCUUCGUCGACGAGAACCGGCGUUUUGUCACUACCUCCGACGACAAGACGAUCCGGGCCUGGGACUUCGAUAUCCCCGUGGUCAUCAAGUACAUUGCUGAGCCGCACAUGCACUCGAUGCCAGCGGUCACGCUGCAUCCCAGCAAGAAGUACUUUGCCGCGCAAUCGCUGGACAACCAGGUUUUGGUGUACAGCACGGAUAAUUUCAGACAGGCGAGGAACAAGCGGUUUGCCGGGCACUCCGUCGCCGGGUACGCCUGCCAGGUCGGGUUCUCGCCGGAUGGCAAGUGGAUCAGCAGCGGCGACGGCGAGGGCAACGUCGUAUUCUGGGAGUGGAAGACCGGCCGCAUCAAGUCCCGGCUGAAGGCCCACUCGAAGGUGGUCAUCGCGCACGAGUGGCUGCCACACGAGUCGUCGAAAGUCGUGACCGCAUCUUGGGACGGGCUGAUCAAGUUAUGGGACUGAGCCAGCCUCGGGUGGCGCGGUGUGAGGGCCGCUACCAGGGCGACUGCACCUAUCCGUUGCCGAGUCGCGUAUCUCUCCAGGCACUACUCGUAAGGUGUACCUUUCGUAGCGUAUCCUCGUGUACGUUGCCCUUUCCGCCACGCCAGGGCCUAGCCCCUGUGGACCUGAGGCCCGAACGUUUGAACGCGCGACCGCUAGACACAUAUUCAAUCGUUCUCGGGAAGGCUCUAUAAAAGGUCCUGCGCACUGCCCUGAAUUCGCUUUAGUCUCUCGUCUCGCAGGGACG